AUGCAACUUGCUACUAUUUGUCUUAUCUUAAUGUUACAAGCUGGAAAAAACGAAUGCGGCCUAAAAAGUCACGCUGAACUAAUACGCUUAGCGAUAAAGGCGGAUAAUAAGAUUAAGGAUCUUAUCCAUAAAGUCUCAGGUUUUGUAAAGGGCAACUCAGAGUUUAAAGAUAACUACGAAAACCUAAGAAUCCCGUUGAUGGAAAAUUAUACAAGUCUACCAACUAAAUUAGUACAUAUUCGAGAAUUUAAGGUUUACAACAUGGAAAGACUUAAUUUAGAGGAAAGAAUCAAAUCAGCGAUUUCUAAGCUACACACACCAAUAUCAGACGAUUGCAAAAAUUUGAGUACAAAUCUUCGUAAGCAUAUGUUAUUAAUGUUGGUUGCUACCAAUAAAAAAAAGAUUGAUGCCUUACAUAACUUUGAAAACGGAUCUUGCCAAAUGGAGUCAAGCAGCCCUAAUAUUAAAUCUUUCUCCGAUCCGGCCAUCACUUCCAUUCCUACAACCAAAAUAUACGGAAAUUUAAAACUUACCAAUAAGUUCGUCAAUAAUCUGCAAACAGAAUUUUUUAAGUCGAGUGUACUCCAAACAUUUGCGUCAAAAAACAUUUGUAAAAGCUCACUUAACGUAUCUGACAUUUGUCUAACUACCGAAACGAAGAUGGCAUACACCUCUAGCAUGCCUUCUGUUUUAACUGAAGAUCCGAGUCACCAUAUAUCUCCAGCUUGCGAAACACAUGAGCUUUUGUCUUGUCGAAAAUUUGUUAUAAUUUCAUUUAUCACUGGGGAAUGUUGCUGUCCGAAUAGCCAGAAAUACAAAAUUAAAGAA